AUGACUAGUCAGUCAAAUUGGAUUCCAUUUGCAAGAGCAUCAGCGCUUGGAUGGGUACCCUUGACUUCAACACCACUGCCGCAUCUGAAGUUGGAUCAGGAUGUGCCUUCGGGCAAUGACUUGAUUCGCCUAAAUAUCAGUGGCGUUAGAUUUGAUGUCUACAGAAGCACUCUUGAAAAGUUUCCUCACACUCUUUUAGGAUCAAGCGAAAAAGAUUAUUUCUAUAAUGAAGAAACACAGGAAUAUUUUUUUGAUAGGGAUCCAGAUAUAUUCCGUCACAUACUUAAUUACUAUCGCACUGGUCUGCUUCAUUAUCCAAAGAAUGAAUGUGUCUCAGCUUAUGAUGAAGAACUGGCGUACUUUGGCAUUUUGCCUGACAUAAUGGGUGAUUGUUGCUACGAGGAAUAUAGGGACAGGAAGAGGGAUAUAAGUGAACGUCUUAUAGACGAUAGGGAAGACGAAGCCAAAAUUCUAGCGCCAUGCAAAAAUUUUAGAGAAAAGUUAUAUCGAAUUUUUGGAAAUCCACAAUACUCAACUGCAGCUCUUGUUGUUUACUAUGUUUGUGGAUUUUUCAUCGCUGUUUCAGUAACUGCAAAUAUAAUUGAAACAAUUUCUUGUGGAUAUGAUCCCAACACUGGCAGACACCCUUCAUGCGGCGAAAGGUACAGCAAAGGCUUCUUCUGCUUGGAUACAGCGUGUGUGUUAAUUUUUACAAUUGAAUACUUGGCACGCCUUUAUGCUGCUCCGGAUCGGCUCAAGUUCCUUCGAUCGGUUAUGGCUUUAAUUGACGUCAUUGCUAUAUUUCCUUACUAUGUUGGGCUUGGACUGCCCGAAAACAAGAAUCUUUCUGGGGCAUUUGUGACUCUUCGCGUGUUUCGGGUUUUCCGGAUCUUUAAGUUUUCACGACACAGCCAGGGACUUCGGAUAUUGGGCUAUACAUUAAAAUCGUGCGCAUCGGAACUUGGAUUCCUGCUCUUCAGUCUCGCAAUGGCUCUAAUAAUUUUUGCCACUGUAAUUUACUACUUAGAAAAAACUGAUGCCGACACCCGAUUCACGAGUAUUCCUGCUGCAUUUUGGUACAUAAUUGUUACAAUGACAACAUUAGGGUAA